AUGAUUUCUCCAAAAAUUCAAAAGGAUAUUGUGAGAGUUUGUGCACAAAAAAUCGCAAAAGCUAUAAUUGAUGAUUUGGGUGGUGAUUUUUUUGGAAUAUUAAUUGAUGAAUCCAAGGACAUAUCACAUCAUCAACAAAUGGCCCUUGCUUUGCGGUAUGUUAACAAAAAAGGCAGAGUGAAUGAGCGAGUUAUUGUUAUUGUUCCUGUUGGUGAUAUAUUGGUACAAUCAUUGAAGAAAACAAUAUGUUCUUUGCUUUUGAGACACUCUUUGAGUACAUCUAAACGUGAACAAUGCUAUGAUGGGGCUAGUAACAUGCGGGGAGAGAUGAAUGGUCUUAAAGCUUUGAUUUUGCAGGAAACUCCAUCAGCGUAUUGCAUUCACUAUUUUGCUCACCAAUUACAAUUGACACUUGUAGUUGUUGCGAAAAAAUAUUUUCUUGUGGAUAACUUCUUUGCUAUUAUUGUUAAUGUGUUGAAUGUGGUUGGAGCAUCAUUUAAGCAUAGAGAUCAACUUCGGGACCAUCAAGCAGACAUGUUGGAGCAAUAA